GCUCACCAAACGCCCAAAGAAGUCUGAUCAUUCGGCAACUUCCAUUGUUCAACAUGGUCUGCCUUUUUUGGGAACCCAUUUCUUUGGCCAUGGCCGUCGCUGGUCAACCUCAUGCGGAGAUUGAACUCGUCUAGCCGCCACAAUAAAUGGCCCCCCACUUGCGAAUAUCUCUCCCAACUCUCUUACCCUCCUCCCACCACCAUGCCCUCCCUCCUAGGAGGAUUUACACCAUUGUGCAUCGACACUUCGAUGCCAUCUUCGACCAUGGCCUCUACCCUUUACUACUUGCUGCCAUCGUCGUCGACCAUGGCAAGUGUGGCGUAUCUGAACUGCUGUUCCAAUAUCGGUCCACCAAUGUGGCGUUCUCCGCUAUACGAUGGUAGAUGAUGUGGAUGACAAUGGAUCUGUGGGCUGGGCUGACUUCAUUCGUCCACUGAUGUUGAACUCACCUACUACUCACGAACACGCCUGUUACGCCUUGCUCUGCUAUCGUACGUCGUCACUGCUCGGCCUACAUCAUUACCUCUUGCCAUACCCCAUGGUCGGACAUACUGUGUCCUUUGCCAUACUGAUCAUCAACAUCCUACGCCACACUACUUCGUUAGGCAACGAGUCGCUACGGUGGACGAUGAGCUUCAUGGCUCACCACUAUCCAUCAUGCCUCUGGGCAAUGGAUGUCGCUAUCGUCAUGAAGUUUGCCCACCACAGGCCGGCCUAUUCAAAGUUGAUAAAUGAUUCAUUGACGAUGUGACGCGAUGGCGACCAGCAUGAGGGUCGCGUUGUCUGCAUUGUGGCAACUCUUUGCAUCAACUACGAUGGUGUGUUCCCCAUUCGCUUAUCCGAUACUAAACGUGGUCACUCUAGUGUCAUAAAAAUGAUGCACCGGU